CGGUUGGCUGCACGAGUGUGAAACUUCUUUACAUCAGCAUUGUUUUUAUUUCAAGCAUUCCUUAUGCAUUUUAGUUCUUUCUUCAUACUUACUUUGGUAGUCUCUUUCUUAGAGAGUUGGCCAGCCUAUGCAGUUACAGAUCAAAACAACAAGAACAAUGAUGAAGCUGUAGAAAUAGCUGUCAUUGGUGGUGGUAUUGGUGGAACAUCCUGUAGCCAUUUCUUACGAGAGUUGUUUGGAGAUGCUGCUACCAUCAGCUUAUUUGAGCCAAAGGCAAUCGGAGGUCGGAUGGCAACCGUUGAAAUGGCUGGCAGGCAAUAUGAAUCUGGAGGUUCUGUUCUACAUGAGAAAAACAUGUACAUGAACAAAUUUGUUGAGGACUAUGGGUUGGACGUAGCUGAUUCCCCUAGUUUGAAUAUGGGGAUUUAUGACGGCGAGGAGUUUGUUUUCGAAGAAAGCUCAUUCGACAUCGUAAACUUACUGAAGUUGAUGUGGCGGUACAAAUUGGAUUUCUUCUACUUAAACAAUCGAAUUGAUAAAAUGAUUGAGAAAUUUAACAGUAUAUAUGAAAUACAAGAUGCUGGGUAUGCAUUUAGCACACCUGCGAAACUGCUGAAUGCUAUGGAUAUGACAUUUAUGAAUUACACAAAAGAACCUCUUGCUCGUGUUUUAAAAGAUGACUUUGGGUUAUCACAGCGGACAAUUGAUGAGCUCGCUUCGGUGGCUACAAGAGACAACUAUGGCCAGUCAGUCAACAUGACAGCAUUUGCAGGUUUGAUUUCGCUCGCUGGUGUCCAGCCAGGGCUGUGGAGUGUGUUUGGCGGCAAUAAACUCGUUUGUGAAAAGUUACUCAACUCUUCAAAAGCAACGUGGGUGAACGAAGCAGUCGUGAAGGUUGAAGGCGCUGAAAAUGGUUCCUACACUUUAUAUUGGGAGGAUGAAACAUCUGAUGGAGAAUUAAAAUCAAAAACUUUUGAUAUAGUAAUUGUUGCAACCCCUCUCCAUGAUAAAGUGUCAAAUAUCAGUUUUGAGGGAAUUUCUCCAGAUAUUCAUAAUUUCCAUGGUGAAUAUCAACGGACUGUCGCUACUUUUAUUAGGGGAACACCAAAUUCAACCUACUUCGGUAAAUCUACAGGAGGUCUACCUGAUCAGGUGUUAACCACUCAGGAUGGUAAUAUCCCCAUAAGAACUCUAGCACUUAAAAUUCCAGUUGAUUUUGCAUCGGGGUCAAAUGAAGAUAUCCCAAAUGUGUAUAAAAUGUUCUCAGAGCGCCCUCUAUCAGGAAAUGAAAUUGAUGUGUUAUUUUUGAAUAGAAGUGAAGUUAAAGUCAUUGACUGGCGGGCGUACCCAAACUACUCAACCAAUCAGAAACUUCCUCCAUACCAAUUAAAUGAGAAGCUUUACUACACUAGUGGAUUAGAAUGGGGAGCUAGUGCUAUGGAGGUCGGGGCAAUUUCUGCAAAAAAUGUUGCUUUAUUAGCAUUUCAAAACUGGAAAAAUAAUUCGAAAAUGAUUGAUAGUUAUGAUAAUACAACCUCUAGGGAUGAAUUGUAAAUAUAUCAGAUGAUUGUAAUUUUUCGGAAUAUAAUUUUUACCAAUUACUAAAUUUAUGGGUUAUUUUUAAUUAGUUUCUAAUUAAAAAAUUAAUUAUUUAUUUUUUUGUCCAACUUUAAAAUUUUAAAUAAUUGAAGAAGCAAAGAUAUUAAUCUUAUGAUCAAUGGAUUGUCAUAUGUUCUCAUACAUGAUAUGGCUAAAACAUGAUUGUAAUAAUCAUUUCAUUAAAUCUCUUUUAUUCCUAUGAAUGCCAUCGCAGUCCAAUGUCUGCUUCAACAAUCAUAAGAAGACGAAGAAAAAAAAAAUACAAUUAAAGCUAAUUCUAUUAUAAUUACUAUGCAUCAUGGGGUAGUUACAUUACUCUACUACCUUCCACUAGGGUCCUAAUGGCCCCAGUAGGGUGUCUAGGAAUCUUGAAAUGGGGGAAUGAUGGAGUGCGAAGGUGGAGUGGGGGUGGGGAUGAUGUGAGUGGUCACAAAAUAAUGUGAUAUGAGGUGUUUUUUUAUCUGCUUGACCUUGAUUUUUUUGCUUAGGACAUUUUCAGUAGUUGGGGUGGGGCAACAGGGUAUGUGCGACCCACUGAGCAUCCUCUAGAUAUGCCAGUGAACGGACCGCAUAAACCUCUCCUAACUAAACUGUGCAUCCUGGGGUGGUAACGUUACUCCACUAAGGUCUUAUGAACAGUAUAUCCCUCCUAACCGAACUAUGCAGCAUUAUGGGGUAAGUUCCUAAUGACUUGCCUACUCCCUUUGUAACCAUAAUUAUCAUUCAGUGGCGUCGAGAGCCAGUAAGGGCCCCGGGGCAAAACCUCACAUGGGGCCUCCCCUUCACUUGGAACCCCCAUUCGGCCGCUCCCCAAAUUAAGUCGUCUCCUAAAUCUGACAACAAAAGUUUUCAUCCUGGCUUGGGCUCGGGCCCUAUGGAGAUUUUGUUCUUACCCCGAAAAUUGUUCAUCUUUGCCCGGGCCCCCAGUAGACCCGGGGC